UCCACGCAAACUCACCGACUUCUCACAUGCUUACACGUUCCACUCUUAAACUUCUGGCUGGUGUCCAUGUUUCCCUCCCUUUCCAGGACCCUGGAAGCCUGGCCUUCAGCUGAGCCAGAUGAAUGUGGUUUUCCUCAUCCCUAGUCCCGUGACUCAGACCCUGUGCUGGGACCAGCCCUUCUUUUUGCAGACACAGGACCACGGAUGGGGGUGGGGGGAGCAGCUGGUGAUGUCACUGCUGAGGCUUAUAAAAUUGGAGACUCCUGGAGGCCACUGAGGAUUUAGGCGGUGGUGCUCGAAGGCCAUUGAGACACCCCAGAGCUGUCAUGAGACCUCCCACCACCUGAGCCACCUGAUCCCAGAAACACCUCAUACAAAACUGCUGGCUGGUACCAUGGUGAGUUCAGCCUGUUUCCUGAAGUUUCUGGCUGUUGUUUUCUUUUUACCACACCUGGCUUGGUCUUUCUCUUCAGAGGACUAUGAGGAAGAGGAAGAGGAGGGCGAGAAGACCCCCCCUCCUAAGAUCUCUCUCUGCGAUUAUGACCGAUGUAGACAUCUGCAAGUGCCCUGUGAAGAACUCCAGGGCCCUAAUCGCACAGCCUGCUUUUGCCCAGCUCUCUCCAGUCCCUACCAACCUCCAGAGCCUCCCCGUCUUGGAGAAGUGCAUAUUUGGGCAGACCAGGGCCGAGCAGUAAUCCACUGGUGUGCUCCCUCCUCCCCUGUGGAUGAAUACUGGCUGGAGCUCUGGGAAGGAGGUGCCCUUGUCAGAACAGGCCCUCCGGUUCUGUUCAAUACUACUGUCCGAAGGGCAGAGUUGGAAGGACUGAAACCUGGAGGAGCUUAUGUCCUCUGUGUGGUGGCCUCAAAUGAUGCUGGAAUAAGUUCUAUUCCAGAGGGAGGUGGGGCAGAUGGAGCUCCCCUGCCCACCACCUUUCCAUUAUUUGGACCCUGCCGCCAUCUUUCCAUUCCUUCUCGACCCCAGACCCUGGUGCAUGUGGCGGUUGGCAUGGGGAUAGUUUUGAUUUGCAUAAGCUUUGCUGCUCUGCUAUGGCAUUUCUGUCUCCGGAAACGCUGGGGCUGUCCCCACCAGCCCAGACGUACAGCUGCUUCCAGAGCCAGGGAGGAACUCUAGUGGUCCCAGCCAUAAGUUUAAGGACCAUGGACAGAAAAAAAUAGUAUGUGACUUAACCUUCAGAGAGCUGCCUGAUUUCCCACACCUCAGGAAAGUGGCCCUAGGUCUAUCGAAGGAGAGAGCUCUCCUCAGAAGGGAAGGUGAGCAGACCCCACACCCCAGCCUGGAGUUCCUCAGACUAUAGUGUGCAUGAUAUAGGCCUUCCCUGCAAUCAACAGAGAAAGAGGAUUACUUAAUGUGACUGGGCUAAUCCUCCUGGAGGGAGGAGA